AUGGGCAAGCCAAUCCUGCUCCACCUCGGCGACGACAUCAAGUGGAACCACGGCCUGUACAAGCAGCUGCAAGACAAGUUCGAGGUCCGCCGCAGCUACAGCAUGGGGCGCGACGAGUUCAAGCGCGCGCUCAAGAGCCACCAAUUCGGCGACUUUGUCGCCAUGUACCGUCCCUUCUGGAACACGGGCGGCGAGAUGGGCAACUGGGACGACGAGCUCAUCGCGCUCCUCCCCCCCAGCUGCCAGAUCUUCACCAGCGCCGGCGCCGGCUUCGACUGGGUGAACACGCGCGCGCUCGCGCACCGCGGGAUAACCUACUGCAACGCCGCGGCGGCGUGCACCGAGUCCGUCGCCGACGCCGCCAUCUGGCUGCUGCUAUCGACGUUCCGCCGCUUCACGUGGAGCGCGCUGGCCGCGCGCAGCUGCGACGCGGCGCGCUUCAGUGACGCGAACCGCAACAUUGCGGCCGUGACGCGCAACCCCGCUGGCCAUGUGCUGGGUGUUAUUGGCUUGGGCAGGAUCGGGCAGCGCGUGGCGCAGAAGGCGGCGCAGAGCUUCGGCAUGCGCGUCGUCUAUAACGACGUCAGGCGCCUGCCGCGCGAGGUCGAGGACGCGGUGGGCGGCGCCGGCAGCGCGACCUUCUACGCCGACUUGCACGCGAUGCUGGGGGUUGCGGACGCGGUUGUCGUCGCUACCCCCUUUGGCGGGGAGAAAGUGGUCGACGCGACGCAUUUCCGGGCGAUGAAGAAGGGGGCGCGCCUGAUUAACGUUGCGCGCGGCAAGCUUGUGGAUGAGGCUGCGUUGGUGGAGGCGCUGGAGUCGGGCCAUCUGGAGGCCGCGGGGUUGGAUGUCCACUAUGAUGAGCCGAACGUCAAUCCCAGGCUCGCGGCUAUGGAGAAUGUUGAGUUGCUGAGCCAUACUGCUGGCGCGAGCAUCGAUAGCCAUGUCGGGUUUGAGCGGUUGGGCAUGGAGAAUGUGCUUAGUUUCUUUGAGACGGGGAAGGCGUUGACGCCUGUGAACCUGCAGUGGAUUGAUCAGAAGGCGAAGUUGUAG